AUGCCAGACCUGCCACAGAACUGGACCUCAUUGACUGAUUCUGUGCCGGUGAAUGUUUUUGAGAGUCUUGGGCGCAGUGGCAGCGUCCAGGCUAUGCGUGGAUCCCGCUGCCUAUAUUCUGCUGGAAAAUCGGUCAAGACCUUUUGGCAGAGGGCAGUCUUCGUCGAGGAGGGACACACAGGAGAUAUGUCCAAAAAGCUUCAGCAGCGGUUGUCGAGUUUUGCGGCAAACCAUGGAGGUCAGGUGGAGGAGAUGGCACUGCGCAACACAGCAGUAGCACCUUUCUGGAAGCAAGCAGGGGAGAGCCUUCUUCGAGUCAACGAUCUUCAGAGGUGCUUCAAACUAGCCAGCUUCACAAACUUGCAGCGUUUGAUACUGCACUCAUUUAAAUCCCAGGAGAUCAUGUCAUUCACUAGCAACAACAGGUGCUUUCCGAAGCUCCGCUGCCUUGAACUUCUCCAGUGUUGUUUGGAUAGUACCACCUUCUCGGAGUUGGAAAAGUUUCCCGCUCUUUCCAAGUUGGGCAUUUGGGGCUUGAAAAAUACCCAAAUCGCUCUGCCAGAUAUAUGGCCUUCAUUUCACCUUGAUGAGCUUUGCCUGGACACUGUGGAAGCAAAUUCAUGGCCUGGACUUGGAGACCUCUUGCGGCUGCACCUUCGCACUUCUCGGCCACGUUUGGCACUUGCGGCCUUGCCAGCUUCUUUGCAGGUUUUGUCCUUGACCACCUCGGCACAGGACGUCAGCAAUCCCUUCGUUGAAGCCUUCGUUUUGCUGGAUGAGCAUGUACAGACCCUCCUGCCAGCUCUCCCGCUUUUAGUGGACCUGGUGCUAAGUGGACACAUGAAGCUUGGACCCUGCAGCAUUUCUAGCCUGGCUGAGCAGAAGCUAAUCCGACUUGGCUUAGCCAAAUGUAUGGGCCUGGACAGUGACAAGGGCUUUCAAACUUUCAUGUCAUGUUCCUGGUCUACCUUAGAGACGUUUGAGAUGCCUGGAAACAAACACUUCAAGCUGGAAGAAAUCUCCCACUUGUUUCCGACGCUCAAGAUCUGUAAGGGAGAUUCCAUGAGUCUAGUUCCACAAGCCGGGCAGUCUUUGGAGGGCGGUGAUCAGGGAGAGGCACCUGCACGAGGGCAAUUUAUGAAAAUUGCAUGA